AUGGAGAGAAAACCGCUCGUCAUCAGACUCUCCCCAACGACUGAUCCACCUAAGGAGGCCAAUAAACCUCAGUCGUUGGUCAUCACGGUCAAUAAGGAAGAGGGGGCAAGGAUGCCAUUGAACCUAUUUAUGCCUCGUCCUUUCCCCUACAAAUCAAAUAAAGUUGUAUCUUGGAAAUACACAGUAAACGAAGAUAUUUCCAAUAUAGUCAGCAUUGGGGGCAUGACUAGAAGCAAACAAAUCUACUCCCCCAAGGAGUCACAAGAAGACGCCCCCAAAAAUAAAGAGACCGAAGAGCAAAAUAAUAAGAAAUCCAAGGAGGAAACCAAUGAGUUACUCUAG